AAAAAUGUCGUGCAGUGUUGUGAGUUGUUUGACCCGUUUUAUACUUUUUGACAACAAACUUUAGAAAAUAUAGACAUUUUCUCAAAGAUUACAAACAUUUAAUAAUCUGGAUUAUUAACGGUGUUUUUAUUUAAAUGUGUGAAUUAGGAAUUCGUAACCUGUACAAAGAUAGACUGCUAACAUAAAAGAUAUGAAUAAUAAUGGUGGAUCAUAAAAUGUAAAGUCAUCGUGAACGAUUUCACUGAUGUUCUCGAAACUCAAAAGCAGCAACACCUUCCAUAGGCAGAUGUCGUGAGCUCUGUCCCCAGGAGCACACGACGUCGGCGUGAUGAGCACAACCCGCCAUAAUGCGUCGACGGCCAUUUUAAACCGUGAACGGCGCUUGUCGGCUCAAGAUGGCCGUCAUCCGCGGCGCCCAUGCUCACACCUAUCCCGCGCAAUGGCGCGUUCCCACUCAGCACUAUGAAAUGUGGAAACACGGAAAGUGGCGACAGAAAACGUCACGACCAAGGACAAACGCAGCUGUUAGAGUGCCCAGAUAGACAUUGUACAGUGAUAUCCGUAGAGGCCUAAGUGUUACUUGUAUGUAAAUAUAGUGGAGAUUAGAUGUUAAGUAUGACCGGCGAGGGUCGAGGGAGUCGCACGCCGCUGCUUGAGUGCGGUGGCGAGUAUGCUCAUGCGCACAAAACGGCGGCCCCGCGUUGCUGCUACUGGUUGGCCAGUCACGUCAAUGUGAGGAAGUGCGUCGCUGGCAUCAUGUUACUAUCCGUCCUCACGAUAUUCUUCUAUACGUAUUACGUCACCGUGCCGUUUACAAGCCUGGUGUGGCGUGAUCGAGUACCACGUCCGCUGUCCCAGUGUUCGCUUCUCGCGUCACAGCAGCAGAUAGCACGAGAUCAUCGUUCAGAUGCGCGAUUGCGCAUCGACGCAAAAGUUCUCGUUAUCGUGGAAUCGGCUUACUCGCGACUGGGACGCGACAUCGCUGAAUUACUUGUUGCCAAUCGGAUCAGGUAUAAAGUGGAGGUCGCCGGUAAGAGUUUACCUGUGCUCACCACAUUGGAUAAAGGACGCUACGGCGUGAUUGUUUUCGAAUCCCUCUCCAAGUACGCGAACAUGGACAAAUGGAACCGUGAACUGUUGGAUAAAUACUGCCGGGAGUAUUCCGUGGGCGUGGUCGCCUUUGCCACACCCGGGGAAGAAACUUUGGUCGGCGCACAGUUAAAAGGAUUCCCGCUCUUUAUGCACACAAACCUCCGAUUGAAGGAUGCAACACUAAAUCCUGCUUCGCCGGUUCUGCGCUUAGCGCGUGCCGGGGAGACCGCGUGGGGUGGUUUACCCGGCGACCAUUGGACAGUGUUUCGGGCCAACAGUUCCACCUACGAACCGAUAGCGUGGGCCCUCAAGCAGAACGAAUAUGGCUCCACCGAAGAACGCGCACCGUCAGCGACUGUGAUCCAAGACCACGGGCGCUGGGACGGCGUACAACGCAUACUUUUUGGCUCCGGCCUACAAUUCUGGUUGCAUCGACUGCUGUUCCUCGACGCGCUCAGCUACCUCAGCCAUGGGCAACUCAGCCUCAGUCUCGACAGAUGGAUUCUAGUCGAUAUAGAUGAUAUAUUCGUUGGUGAAAGAGGAACUAGACUACACGAAGAAGACGUGGCAGCUUUACUAGCAUCACAGUCUGCGCUGCAGCGGCUCGUGCCCGGCUUCAGAUUUAACUUGGGCUUUAGUGCCAAGUAUUAUCACCAUGGAACCACCUUGGAGAAUAGAGGCGACGAUACGCUCCUUAAAAAUAGAGAGCACUUUAACUGGUUUUGCCACAUGUGGAAUCAUCAACAGCCACAUUUAUACAACAACGUGUCCCAAUUAAUAACUGAGAUGAUGCUCAACAAACAGUUCGCCGUAGAACACGGCAUCCCCACCAACUCGUGUUAUUCAGUUUCACCUCAUCACUCGGGCGUGUAUCCAGUGCAUGAGCCUUUGUACGAAGCGUGGAGAAAAGUCUGGGAUGUGAAAGUCACCAGUACUGAGGAGUAUCCACAUUUGAGACCGGCAAGGUUACGUCGUGGCUUCCGUCACAGAGGUGUGAUGGUAUUACCGCGUCAAACGUGUGGCCUUUUCACACAUACACUACUACUGGAGAGAUAUCCUGGAGGUCGACAGAGACUUGACCGUUCAAUACAGGGCGGGGAACUGUUCCAAACCGUCAUCAAUAAUCCAAUCAACGUGUUUAUGACCCACAUGUCUAACUACGGCAACGAUCGUUUAGCGUUGUAUACGUUCGAGUCGGUCGUGAAGUUCCUUCGAUGUUGGACUAAUGUGCGACUUGCAUCUGCCCCACCGCUCGCGCUCGCCGAGAAAUACUUCCAGCUGCGACCUGAUGAGCUCAAUCCGCUUUGGGGGAAUCCAUGCGAUGACAUCCGACAUCGACGCAUUUGGUCUAAAAGCAAAUGGUGUGGUACUCUGCCGCGAAUAUUGGUCGUCGGGCCGCAGAAGACGGGCAGCACAGCUCUGUACACGUUCCUCGGUAUGCAUCCGGCACUCGCAGCGAAUCUGCCCAGCCCCACCACUUACGAGGAGCUGCAAUUCUUCAAUAACAACAAUUAUCUCAAAGGUCUAGACUGGUACUUAAACUUUUUCCCGCCCAGUCUGACAAACUCAACGCAAAUCACAUUCGAAAAGUCGGCGACAUACUUCGACGGCGAUCUUGUUCCGAGACGUGCGCACGCGCUCCUGCCCAAUGCGAAAAUCAUUGUCAUAUUGAUAUCACCAUCCAAGAGGGCCUAUUCUUGGUAUCAACAUAUCAGAUCGCACGGAGACCCGAUCGCCAACAACCACUCGUUCCACACUAUCAUCACCGCCAACGACGCCGCACCGAAACCACUGAGAGAUUUAAGGAACCGAUGCCUAAACCCUGGGAAGUAUAGUCACUAUCUGGAACGGUGGCUAGCGGAGUUCAGCGGGCAUCAACUACACAUCAUUGAUGGCUCGCUACUGCGCACAGACCCCGCCAACGUUAUGAAUACGCUGCAGAAGUUCCUCAAACUGUCGCCGCACGUCGAUUAUAAUAAACUGCUCAAGUACGAUCCUAAAAAAGGCUUCUACUGCCAAGCGGUAAGUAACUAUAGGACUAAAUGUCUAGGUAAAUCGAAAGGGCGUGUUUACCCCCAAAUGGAGGAGCAGUCAGCCAAGUUCUUGAGGCGUUAUUACACGCCGCAUAACACGGCGCUCUCCAAACUGCUAGUUCGACUCGGCCGGCCCGUGCCCCAGUGGCUUAAAGACGAACUGUCCUCGAACGGAUAGCACACGUCACGAACGCCUCAUGCGAAAUUCACGCAUAACCUCAUCAAAGUCUGCGUACUCCACAUACCUUGAGUGACUCUGAAAAAAGAAAUAGAUAUAUUAAAAAUAAACUGUACGCGAGUGCGUAUAUAUUGUUUUCUGAAGUGUUUCAAUGUGAAAAGUUAUCUUUGUUGAGAAAUGUCUUUGUCUAUCGGAAUCUUGUAAUAUAAAAUGUUUUUAAAAGUGAUAUUGUAUGACUUAAUAUACGCGAUCUGUUCGUUCAAAAUAGGAGAAUGUGUUCUUUCAAUUUUGUAAUUUUAAUUUACCUUGCCGUUUUUAGAAUACGGGCGUGUUUCUGGAGGAAGCGAUAAUUUCCUUGCUUGCCUGAAUAGUUUGGUCGAUUGAAUACAAAUUACAAUUUGAAUCCGGCAGCUUUUAUUAUUUUACUGUCGGCUUAGGUGCUAUAUGUUAAUAAAUAUAAAUGCAAUGUGAAUAUUGUCGUUUUUAAGAUUUGUUUUCGAUCGUUUUAUUUCUCUUUCGCGCUGUUCUCGAAAGAGUCUUAUGUCAAUGCCAUACUUGCAUUUUUGUAUGUAAGCAACUUAAAUACAUGUAUUAUAUAUUUUUUUUUAAUCUCAUUCCACGCUUAUUCAUAUGAACAAGCUAAUUUUAGUUCCAUUGUUAGAAUGAGUACGUACCUGAUGGAAUCUUUGUAGUUAAUUUCGUGUUGUAUCGAAUGAAUAGUGCUAAUAUCGUUUUAACAUUUUCUAUGUCUGUCUGUGCCAUAAGAAACGUGUUUACUAACGGCACUAAUGUGUUUUCCUUAAUUUUCAAUUUACGAACAAUUGACAGAGCUAGUCUUAUAUGUUUAGGGACAAGAGAGUUAUUAUUUCCUCCAUGCUUUAAAAGAUUCAUUAUUUUAGUGCAGUUACCGUUUAGCCGUAAGAAUUUUAAAUAUACAUAUUAAAUAUAUGGCGUUAUAUAUAUUUUAAAUAAAUGAUAUCAAUGACACAAUGAAUCAAACAUAAAUGUAAUGGGUAUAUAUUUUGAUAUGGACGAAUUUAUCGGCGAGGUAACUUGGUAAGAGAGAUGAUUUGUAAACGAGAUAUCUUUAAUAUUAAGACAUUUUCUUAUCCUUCUAUAAAUAAAUAAUAUGCCAAUAUGUUUAAAUUUAUCGAUAGUAAAACUUUUAUAUAUAUUUUCGUAUGUUGUCAGAAAAUUGUUUGGUUCAAAUUAACAGUUUUCACAAUAUAUAUUAGGAUAAGGAAAUGUGUAUGUCAAUACUUAACAUUUAAAUCGGUUUUAAUCUUGAAAUAGAAUGGUACAUUUUACGUAAUACGUUGGAUGAAAUUUAUAUAAUGUUAAAUGUAUUGUAGUGAACGAGUCGUAUGUUGGAUUUAUUUAAAUAGUUUGGUUUAAUGCUUUAUUAACUAAUCUUGAAUGUUUCAAACAUUAGUGAACCGCGUGUUAUGUAUAGAGAAGCCUUAUUUAAAAGUAUUUACGACGAUCUGUGUUACAGACUGUAUGUUGAUGUAUUGAAGUUCGUUUGAGGAUGUAUCUGUUGAGCUUCUAGCAGAUGUUGUUCCUGAGGAACGGUUGUGUUUUACUUCGGCAAUAAAGAAACAUUUAACUCGUGCCAUUUCGAGUUCAGACUUACCUGUCUGGGUUGAUUUCUAUAAGAAAUGUAAUUAUUAUUGUGUUUACUACCUGAUGCACAUGUAUAAAUAAAUAAUGUUUUAUAAUACAGCCAACGACUGCUCUUGAAAUGUGUUCUUUAUAAGAAAUUAAUACAUCACUUAUUUUAUUAAAUGAUUUAAAACCU